AUGGAUGAUGGUCUCCGACCUAAUCUGGACAUUAGAACUUUCUCUAACGACUUGGGGAAGCACUUUGUUCAGAAGAUAGAUACUAUCCGCACACAGCUUGACACCAAUCAACAGAGUGAUUCAUAUCCAGAAGAUGACACUCCAUCUGCUGCUCAGCAGACUGAUUCACUUCCGGAAGAUGACAUUGCGUCUGCUGUUCUUGAUGAGACUGUGUCAUCAUUCGCUACUUUUACAAUGCUAUCAGUUCGAGAUGUUAAACAGCUUAUCCAGAACUCCGCCCUUAAAUCGUGCCCUCUUAACCCUAUGCCAUCCACACUGGUUAGCAAAUGUGAGUAUCUCCUUUCAGUUCUCACAAAAAUCGUUAACUCAUUACAGUCUGGGCGUUUUCCGGAAAUUUGGAAAGAGGCUUUAGUUUUUCCACUGUUAAAGAAACCCAGUCUCGUUGUUAUCUUUUUGAGAACUUCUGUCCUGUGAGCAGAUUGACAAGCGAUGACAAAUGAAAUUUUCUUCCCCUCUAACCUUUGACUGAAUUCAUUUAAAAUAGUGGCGUUGCAUCGUAACUGCACGACACACUUUCGCACAGAAGCAAAACUAUUAAUUCUUCAUGAGACCAAACUAUAGCUCGUUACACAGAAAUCUCAUUUUGGUUUGGAAGUUUAAAUGAUGCUUAUAAAAACUAUACAGGAAUUUAGAUCAGUUGGUGCUUGGAACGUUUCUUUUUGUGCUCACUACUCCUCUUCUAAGAUUAGAAAUAUUCAUUUACGUCUUUUUCAUCCCGACCAAGGACCACAUACUGUACACUUAAUUGAAACUUGUCAGCGUGCAAAGAAAGUCAUGUCCGAUAGCCCAGGACUAAUGGAUGUUGCAAACAGGCAAAUGAAUUCUGUUCUUAACUUGCCCAACAGGCAAAUGUUUUUGAGGAAAUUUAGAUUACAAAAGGACUGUUAUCAAUCCUGCUCAUCAAAGUUUUUGAGGGGCUGAUAAAAAGGACCCUUGGGCUAGUACAUGUUAGCUGCAGCUCGCCCAAAUGCCAGGCUGUAAAACUGACUUGUGGGCUUUCGCAUUUUGCGAGUUGUUCAUUGAGAUUUUAUCUGAGAUGAUAUUUGUCUGUCUUGAUAUUUUGAGGUCUUGAAGCCAUUUAGCAGGUGGUGGGACGAAUCUGUUUUCAUUCAAAAGGUUUAAUUUUUUUCUGCAUCUGACAAAUUUCAGUAGAUUAAAUUUUGUGCUGAAGUGACAUCUGUUUUUUUUUUUGCCUUAGGUUGAUGUCUUCUUGUGUUAAUGAAUUUCGUGGCCGCUUGUCAUUUGAAGCCUGUCCGUUUCCUGUUUGUAGAUUUUCUGUGGUGUUUGGUCCCAGGGGUUUUAGGGGUUACAAGCAAAUAACCAUUUUUAUAAAGACAUUUAGCGUCACCAGUUUCCUCUGAAAUGCAUAGAUCUGAAUUACUCUGUGUAUUAGUGGUCACCAGUUGUUUUGUCUGUGAAUGUAAUGAUUCCCAGCUCUCUAGAAUUGUUUGCGGUAAAAUUUCAUGGAUAGUGAUCAACAGGACAAAAUCUUUAAAAAGCAAGAAUUAUAGCUGACAUUGAAGCUUUACCAAUAAUAUUAUUGAGAAUGAUACCCUUUUUUAGAUAACCAGAGUCCUUGGACUGGAAGGUGAUGCUAUGUAAUUACUCAUUUUUCAAUUACUUUUGGAAUUAGCAUUUGCCUUAUCCCGCUAAUUCUUCUUAUCCUCCUCUACUUCUUGACCGAUUCAAAUGGCUGCAGCUGAAAUUCACACUCUUGGUGUCAAAUCUAUAGAUGAGCAGUAAAAAGACUAUUAUUAUAGAUUUCUCUGAAAUGUCAGCAGCCUUUUUGCAACCAUUGGAAGAGCUAAAAAUUAAAUUAAACUUUUGCGGAAGCUGGUGGUGUAAUCCCCAAAACUUCAUUUCCUUGUAGGUCCCUGAGCCAAGCUCAGAAGACAGUCAAGUUUUCUGCACGUUUUAAGCUCCUUUGUCUCGAAAAUCUCGCAGCAGUCAUGUAAACCAUCAAUAGAAAACGUAAUGUGUAUUAAUCAAAAUCACGUGCAUGAUCGUGUUGGUUAAUGUCUUAGAGAUGACUGAUAAUGGCUCGCGCAAUUAACUGGCAAAACUGACCAAUCAGAGGGUAUACCAGGAGCUGGUACACUGGAACAGGUCAUUUAAAGAAAUGAUUACAGGCUCUGCCACCCUCCAUCUCCCCAGUUUCCUCCCGUUUUAUUUUCGUGUUGCGCUUUCUCACUUUUGCAGACCCAACUAUCUCGGAUCCUGAAACAGCUAGGCUACUUUGUUCUGGAAGACGAUCGAUCGAAUCACCCUUAGUUGCCAAAUGGCAUUUUUAAUUAGGUUUUAGUCUGACAUUCUUGUGCUUCCGUUACGUGACAUUAAAAUGUGUUAAGAAUACACAAAUGUUUGUUUGUAAGAACAUGAUUAAGGCAAAGCAGAGCUGUGAGUCCAGACUGAGACUUCUGUACUGCUGAUGACUUUUUCGGUGUACCGAGUUUUGUGUAUUGAAAAUUCAAUCCUCUUCUUCCUUACAUUGUAUAUUUUCUAAAUCUUGGAUAAAGUAAAUAAGGUUAUUCAAGUUCAAGAAUGACUUCACAACUGUUACAUGAAUUUCUCAAACUCAUUAAUUAUUCAUGAGGGCAACAACCAAUACAUGAGGCAUAUUUGGGUCACAUGCAUGAACCUUGAUACCCAAUGAACACUCAGAUGAAAAUCUUAUGGAUUUUGAUCUGAGAUCAAACAUGGUUUCAAUCUCAGAUCAAAUACAUGCAUUUUAAUGAGCAUUUUUCGAUAAUUAAUACAUCAUCAACAACAAUCCUAAAAUUACCUGAAUAUUAUUUGAUAUAAUUAACCUUGAUAGUGUAGGAUGCCACAAGCUAUUCCAUAAACAGGCUUUGGUGGAUAUCUGUCCCUCGACUUCUCGGCCACCUCCAUCAAGCCAGUAAUUCAAGUUUACUACAUCCAUUUCUUCAAUGUGGGUAGACAGCCGUGCGACCUUGUGUAAAUCAUACUAUCAUAGUUUUUAAAGAGCCCUCCUGGAUCUAAAACAGGAGCUUUAACCGACCGAGAAAUUUGCCAUUCGCUAAAAAUUGUUACUGCCCAUUUGUUCUUAUAUUUGGUUGACGAGGGAAUAGCUUUUCUGACUAACUCGCAUUCUUCGUAAAUCAUUUUCGGCUCCCUAAAUCUUCCCUCCCCAUCUUCACUUAUGGUCAGACACCAAAACAAGUAAUCAUGCAUGUUGACACAAUGUUACGGAAAAUGGGAAGAUUGCAUCGCAAAAAAAACAAUAGCAAAAAAAUGGAUCACUGCAUAUUUUUUUAUUGUUUUGUUUCAGAAGUCAUCUCAAAGACUCAUGCUUCGGGUUUCAUCAGGGGUUCCAAACACCUUGAAACAAUAAAAGCACUCGGCCUGGAGUUACACCAGUAACAAAAUUAAUCUGGCCAGGCUGCUUCAAGAGCAUGAUGGCUUUGUGAUUGUUCCUCAGAUAUCAAGAAUAUCCUUCAUGUGUUUGCAAGAAAUUUGCCAUGAAAAUUCACAAUAGAAAAUGAUACUUGUAAGGAAAGUGGCGAUAAUGGUUUUAUGUCAUUUCUCUUCUAAGAAAUGUGAAGAAAAGUCUACCCUACUUCAUGCUACUUGGAAAUCAAGUCUUUCCCCAGUUUUGUUGGCCCAAAAUUAUCCAAUAUAAUAAUAACACAAAAAGUUGGGCAACAGGUAUUUUGAAAGCAUUUUAUAGAAAUGACAACUUGUCAAUUACAUUUCAGUGGUGGCAACCAUAAGCCAAACCCAUCAUCAACAAAAAUUGACGUCGAUUAAUUGUUCAAUGUAAAAGUCUAAGGGGGGACCUGGCCACUUCAGCAGUCUUCACAGUUUCACUGAUACUGGCGAAUCUCCACCUUGAUGAAAUACUGCUCUUUCCUAGUGAAAAGAAUGUCUAGAGUGCAUCAUGAAUUUGGGGGAAAAAUUGAAUAUUAAGGUCAUGGAAAUUAGUGCACCACUUUAUUCAUGGUGUGGUUAUUCACAUUACAGUGUAACAGAAAUUGAUUUGACUUUAAUUAAUGCUAAUCUUUGAAAUUUGCAUUAGUUUCAUGAAGUGUUAAUUUCUCGUAAAAAAUUGUCUAGCUCUCCAUGUUUUCUCUUCAACCAAAGGCUUGCCCACAAAGAGUUACUACAGGAAGCAAAACAAGCUCGGUCAAGAGCAGAAACAAUGGGUGCAGCAGGCUGGUGAGUUUUUUUUUAUGAAAAACAUAUCCAGGAUGGUUUCCAUCUUUCCCAACAAAAGUUAAUAUUAUUAUUAAUUAUUAUUAAAAAGCAAUAUUAAAAAAUGUUCCCCAAGGCGGUAUUAGAGAAAGAUCAAAAUUAAUUUAUGACUGGUGUUAUACUUUGGAGUUAUCAUGACAACUUCUUGAUGUCAUUACUUAUAAUACCUACAGGGUCCUAUUUUUUGUUACAUUGCUCACUGGAUCUUGUACCUCCUGUAGCGUCUUUGGUGUUCAUAGUUUGAGCGAAUUCUAUAAGAAUACUUAAAUGAAGAGAUCAACUAAAAAAUGCAUUUGCAUCUUGUGAAGACUAAAAUACGUAGGCACGAGUAACGGAGAUACUUACCAGGAGACACAACGAUUGGAAAACUGAAGAAGUGCAUUGGGGGCAGUAUUUGCUUACCCCUAGAAGUUUCUGUUGACUGGUUAUUAGUUGCUACAAUGUAUUCCUUGUUUCUUUGCUCAUGACAUGGUGGCACCUACCCCAGAACACAGGAACUGGCUUAGAUCUAAACCGGGCGGUAGGAGAUGUUCCGUCAUGGUCAGUUAUAAUUUAGUUAAAAAAUGAAAAAUGAACCUCAAUGUUAAAGUCCUAUUGUAAUAUUUUUAUUUCAGGCAAAAAUGUCCUAUUCCUGCAACAAACAAAAGGUUCCUUCGCAAUGCCCUUCUAAACACACUUGAACCAAAAAGAAAGAAAUCCAGACCAGGUACUGAAAAUUGAAUCUUCAAAUUAUGCAGUAAGAUCAUGCGGGAUACAUGCACAGUGCAGUCACUCAGUUGCUUUUGUUAAAGUCUACAUUAAUGCCACCCAUUCAACCACUUUGCUCUGAUUGAUUGCUUUUCUCCAGAUUUUGAGAGAUAAGACCUAUUGAUUAUUCACUCCCAGAGUGAAUGAUGGAGUCUCGUAAGGUGCCGGGUUCUUAUUUUUGAGUCUCCAGACAAAAUAUUGGAGUGUGGCCGUUCAAAUGAAACCUCUUUCAGCUCUUUGCGGUAGUACUUUCACAUAGUGCUGUUUUUUUAUGUCUUGCAAGCAUACCUUGAACAAAAUGAAUUUUUUUUCCCCAAAAGUAAAUCAGAGUAAGAGAAACAUUUUCUUAUUCACUUGUCCCUCCGACAAGCACUAUAUUAAAUUUGGUUGUCCAAUACCCAAGAGUUCUUAUCCAAAAUGUUUUGCCAGGUUCCUAAGCCAAAUGGAGCUCGUAAAAACAAAUGAAAUGGUCGCGGUAUAGCAAAGUUAAAAGGAAUAUUUAACCUUAUUUUGUCAAGUAUGAUCGAGGUUUGCUUUUAUGACUAUAAGGUAAAAGGUUUACAUGUCCGAACUAAAUUGCCUUAACGUUAACUAGUAAUAGUUGACACUACAGCUGCCCCCGCUCUGUAUAUUGUAGGUCAAUAGUAUUCUUUCUCGUUUUGUAGCCGUCUUUGAAAUAUACCGAUUCAUAAUGAAGAUGUUCACACAUAUUUUAUACAAUAGGUGAGAUAAACGCAAGGUUCCAUGCACAGUUUCGGUUCGAUUCACACAGCUUUGAUCAAAACAUUUUCAGUUUUCAGUUAAAAGAUUUAAAUAGAAGUUUAAUUUUUCGCUAUUUCUAUUUCACUUUUUACAUUUAGUUCAUUUCAUUUGCCGGAAAGUAGGCCUUAGAAAUUAAAAGGACGUUUGAUCAAUUCACGCUCGCGCAUUCUAGUCUUAUUUUAAACUUAUAUGGCGGAAGGACAUCUGUGUGCAGGGAAUAAGUCAGCACAGAAUUUGAUGGUCGUCGAAUUUCUGUAAUCGUUCAUCGUUCUGCUUUUGAUGUAUAAGCUAGCCGUUGAAUCAUUCACUCGUCUUGCUUGUUUGGGGUCGAGACUUAUUCCAGGGGCACCCAACGAGAAUAUAGUUCAAAACCACUUAAACAUAGCAUUGUUAAACGUGUUUUAGUAUUUAAACGGUGCAUAUGGGCAUAUUUUUAUCCCCUAUAAUUUUUUCAGCUGUUCGGAUUUCCUAGCUGAAAGUCUAGUGAUCCUAAAAUUAUAGGGAUCAAAACUUACCUGUUCGAAAAUUUCAGCCAUAAAAAAGGCUCCCGAAAAUUCUAGGUGACCUUUUUAGGGUAAAAAUCCGUUGAAAAUGGGCAAUUUUACCAUUUUUUAGAUGUUCGAAAAUCCUAGGCGAGGCAGGCAAGCAAGAAAUUUUACAACAAAUGUUCCGAAAAUUCUAGAUCUCAAAUCGUCUUCCGAACAGAUAUUUUUCCGAAAUUUGUCGUUGGGUGCCCCUGUUAUUCCGGUCAAAGAAAGAGAAAGAGUGUCUGGUAAGGUUUCCAAUCAAAGAUUUGUGACCUCGUGUCUGGCAAACUCACUUGGUGUUAAAAUAUACAUUAUUAUACGCACCUUAUAACGUCAUCUGUUCUUAACGAGUGUCUUCUGGUCCAUAACUUUGAUAACAUUCUGCUCCACGGAAUGUCACUGAUAACACGUAACGCAAGGAGUAUCGAAGUACGACUGCACAAUUAAUGUAACAAAAUCUACCUAUUGUAAGCGGUCCCUUCGGGAUUUUUUGUGUUUUACGUCAUCCUAACCAUUUCGUACUUGCGGGCGCAAACAAUAGAAACGUCAUCAUUACCUACCGAUUCGUCGCGUCCCCUGUUCAAGCAAAUCGAGAUUUUUUUCUAUAUUAACUGUAUGACUGUAUAUUUCAGCUGUAGGUACUUUCCUUAAUAUACCUGCGAGUUACUAGAGUGCGUCCUCGGGAUUUCGCCUUCUAAGCGAAAUCCCUGCGGGAAUUAUGGUCACGUGACAAGGAUAUGAAAAUGAAGGAAAUUGGUCAAUUGGUGGCGAAUUUACUUUGUUUGAUAAAUAACUCGUCGUUUCUGAUAGAGGGUAAACAUACCUUACUUUCUUCGUUUAGGAUGAACUCAUAAUUUUUUAUUUUACAUGUCCGAACUAAAUUUCUACUUGCCCCGGACAAUCGGGCAUAGGUUUUGGCGCACCCUGUAAAUCUUGAGGUCCUCUUGUGCCUUAACGUUAAAUUAUGGUCACUUGACAUGUCACGUGACAAGGAAUUGAAAAUGAAGGAAAUUGGUCAGUUGGUGGCGAAUUUAUUUUGUUUGAAUAAAUAACUCGUCGUUUCUGAUAGAGGGUAAACGUACCUUACUUUCUUCGUGUGGAAUGAAUAAUAAAAUAAUAAAUAAUAAUAUAUAGAUUUAGCCAGGGUUAAAAGCGAGGCUCCCAUUAAUAUCUUUAUAAUUUAAAUCAAACAAUAAACUUGUAUUCCACAAUUCAGUGAACUUUAGAGCACAUAGCACAUUCAUGUGACUUUUGAGGGAAAGGCUAAGUGAUUUUAAGAGAAAAAUAAUUUGCAAACAGCCCAAGAGGGAAGAAAAUCGUACAUCGAGUUGAUAACCUCAUAUAUACAUCCAAAAAAUAGCAAUCAUCUUCGAUCACAUUUAAGAGCCAUAAUGGCUCUUGAUCAUCGUAAGAUUAAUUAGGCCUGGGAAAAAAAAUCAGGUUGAAUUUUUUUGCGUUCGACAAGUUUACUUCACAAAAUCUUGCCAACAAAUCUGGUUGCGUGCUAACCAACCUUUUAUACCAUUUAUACAUCACAUCUGAGGUGAAACAGUACUAUGAGGUACUGUUUUUAUCAUACAGACCUCGGACAGAAUGCAGUAUUUCACAAUUUUGCAACAGAAGUUAUUCAAUAUUCAGGACGAUGGAAGCACGGGUGGGCUUUUAGCUAAACCGUUAAAAAAUUUCCAAAAUCACAUAUACAGCCAGCCGGUUCUCACUUUUGCAGUGCGAGCUGUAGCGAAUGUUUAAACGAACAUUCUAGAGUUAAUUUUUAACAUAAUAAAGAAAUUAUUAUGUUUAUUUUUUAUUUAAUGGUUUUAUCGAUCUGUAAUCUUUAAAAGCGUUUGAUACGCGCGGCAUUUUGAGUACUCCUGCAAGCGAUGUUCACUGAACGACUGAAAACAAACGGCACAGCGAUUAAAAUUACAAGAGAGACUACCAACAAUCAAUAAAAGAAAUAUAAUUCGGCGAAACAUAUACAGAGACAACAUUUUUGAUUCACGAAGACAAAUAUCUAAGUGUCUCUAAAAAUCGUGAGUCUUAAAGCUUAAGUUUAUGUUUUAAAAGGGGCACCCAACGAGAAUAUAGUUUAAAACCGCUUAAACAUAGCAUUGUUAAACGUGUUUUAUUAUUUAAACGGUGGAUUUGGGCAUAUUUUUAUCCCCUAUAAAUUUUUCAUCUGUUCGGAUUUCCUAGCUGAAAGUCUAGUGAUCCGAAAAUUAUAGGGAUCAAAACUUACCUGUUCGAAAAUUUAAGCCAAAAAAAAAGGCUCCCGAAAAUUCUAGGUGACCUUUUUAGGGUAAAAAUCCGUGUAAAAUGGGCAUUCUUACCUUUUUUUAGAUGUUCGAAAAUCCUAGGAGAGGCAGGCAAGCAAGAAAUUUUACAACAAAUGUUCCGAAAAUUCUAGAUCUCAAAUCGUCUUCCGAACAGAUAUUUUUCCGAAAAUUGUCGUUGCGUGCCCCUGUUUUAAGCCGGCUUCCUUGUAUUCACUUUUUUCACAGAUGAACUCGAGGCAAGAAAAUCGCUCAAAGCUUUCUUUUACAGCCAGAAUUAUAACUAAAUGUUCUUUGGAACGUUUUCUUUCUAUCUGCUGUGAGAAAAUGUCUAAAGACUUUUUCAAGUUGUGUAAGCUUAUAUCAAGUUUACCUGAUUCUUGGUCAGAUCAAAUUGUCUCAAAUCUUACAAACGUGCAUAAACUACAUAGCCGCAUAAACUACGCGCGACUUCUUUAAAUUAGAUAUAAAAAACAAACAUCAAAGAAAAUAAUUACUGAGGCUUACCAUUCGAGAUGCAGCUCCUGAAAGGUAUCAAGUAAGGCCAGUAUCGCUUCAGACUUUUCAACCUUUACGCAUCAAGCAAGGUGAAAAACAAAAACGUUGCCAUCCGAAAUCGGAUUCCCGACUUUCACAAGUGAUGUAUUAAUUUCUCAACCAAAAACCAACUAGCCAUGAGUAACGGAAGACUCCUGAUAGCAGCUGAAUUUCAUUUUGUGCAUCCAGUGGAAAAAGACAGUUAAAAACAUCACAACUUGACACAAAACUCUGUCAGCUUCACCUGUCAAAGUAAACAAGAUUCAAGAUGCUGCAUAAAUUUUCCGCAUGAGCUCACCUGUCAAAUUUUGACCAAUCAGAGCAUAAAAAGUGGACGUAGAGCGUGACCAACGCGUGACCAUGGUGAGCAAAGUCAAAACCACUGUCUUGCCUGUAAUAGCUGGCUGAAUUUUCGGGUCCGAGGUCAGUUUUAAAUCAAAAUUUUAAUUGUGCGGCCCAAAAACAAAACAUAUUUCAUAUGAAUGAAAAAAAUCAAACUCGAGCCUGCGAUCAUUUGAAAACUAGUAACUUGUCAGCGGAUAACUUCAAAAAAUACUUGACCUCGAUGGGUGAACACCUGAGCCCGCGAUACGGUCAAGUGCUACUGGUCAGCGGAUACCCUGUUUUGACAGCUGUCAAUUGAUCAAGACAUCCAAUGGAUGUGUGCAUUAUCAGUUUUCCAGUGCUUUCAAACUAGCUAGAAAGUAUGAGAUUGAACAUUGAUCGCGAUCUAGUAAAACAACUGGUCAGCGGACAGCUUCCAAAUAAAUCACGUCACCUUGAUGAGUUGACGCAUGAGCCCCCGAUAUGGCAAUGUGAUACUGGUCAGUGGCUAUCCUGUUUUGACAGCUGUCAAUUGACCAUAUCGUGAAUGGCUAAUGUAAAAGAUGUGGAUUUGCCAAGACACGCCUGAGACACCCCUCCCCUCCUUUUGCUAGUCUCCCCUACCCUACCCGUACAAUCUGUAGACGCGUACGUACGCUCGGUCAGUCACUUGACAACCAAAAGAAAAGAGGUUGACCAUAUUCUAUGAGUAUGGGGCUCUGUCCCACGCGCGCUUCGCGCGCGAGGGAGCCCCGCUAAUAUAUAAUUUAUUUUUAUAGAGCAUUUUCCUAACGCCCAAAUGCGCUUUACAGUGUCAGAUAUAUUAUAAUCUAUACACUAAAAAAUGUAAAAAAUCCUAAGAAUCGAAAAAAUCAAAAGUCUAAAAGUCCUAAAAAUCAAAAAAAGAAAAAAAAUUGAAAGUCUAAAAAUAUGCUUUUCGAAAAAGAUAGGUCUUAAGCUUAGCUUUAAAGAUAGAGACAGAAGCGCUGCUUUUAAUCUCAAAUGGAAGCGAGUUCAAGAGGUAAGGUGCGCACACUGAGAAAGCCCUCAAGCCAAUCAAUUUGAGCUUGUGCGUUGGCUGCUCCAGUAGAAGUUGGUCAGCAGACCUAAGAGCUCGCCUAGGAACAUAAGGACUGAUGAGCUCAGUCAGGUACGUUGGAGUCUGUACAAUAGGAUCUUUAAAACAAUACGCUGACGGACGGGGAGCCAGUGUAGCUCAAUAAGUAGUGGUGUGGCAUGAUCAAACGUUCGCUUGCAAGUGAUCACUUUGGCCGCCGCGUUCAUAACAUAUUGUAGUCUCUGAAUAAGAUAAUCAGGUAGGCCAUAGAGAAGCGAAUUACAAUGAUCUAAGGGAGACGUUACUAACGCAUGCACUAGUGUUUUGGUUGAGUCAAUACUAAGGCAUGGACGUAUACGACUAAUGCUUCUGAUGUGAUAAAAAGCCGUCCUGCAUAGUUCAUUGACGUGUUCCUCGAAACUCUCUGCAAAUUUCGAAGCCAGCACUUUGCAAAACUAUUUUGUCGUCUUCUUUCGUCUUGGAGUCGAGGGCAAAAACGGACAAGCUAUUUUUUCUUCCUUGGAGGCAUUCACUUCCAAAAUCCAGGGAAGAACAGUGAGCACUAUACUUGUAGACCACGAUUGCUGUCAAAUUGCGUGAUUAGCUUGGUUCAACAGCGACAUGCGUUUCAAGUAUGACAGCACUUGUCAGCGAUCAAUUAAAAUGAUUAGCACAGAAAAAACUUUUGCGCUCCAUAAGAAAAAACAUUUUUCCUGAAAUUUAUUUGAAAAGAAAGCUCUUGAUGAGCUCUACUUAAUCAUCUAAAAAUUGAAAAUUUCGAAGAAUGAUGAUUUUUACCCUGGAUGAUACCUUAAGUAAAAGCGCUUGUCUUUAAAGAACCAAUUAGCUUUUAAAACUAGAGGAAUCAAGUCGUCAGAGUUAAAAAUUGUUUCAUUAGGUAGAAUCGCACGUGAAAACCUCGUGAGUUAAUAUAAUGAUGCAACCAUCUACCACACUGAUGAAAAUCUGAUUUCUUUACUGUUCUGUAUUCGGCCGUCGAUAAAACCCGGAACAUGGAACAUCCCGGAACAUUCCGGAACAUUCCGGAACAUUCCGGAACAUUCCGGAACAUCCCAGAACAUGAAAAAAUUAAAAUAUUUUUUUAUGAAAAAAUGAUUAAUUAACUAAAUAAUAAUAAUAAUAAUAAUAAUAAAUAAUAAAAGGAACAAUAGAUAGAAAACAAUUUUUGCAAAAAUUUAUAAUAACAAAAUAAAUAACAUAACAUAAAAACGAAAAAUAAAGAAACACACCAAGAAAGAAAGAAAAAGAAACUGGUAUCAUCUCCGAGCACGAGAAAACAAUAUUUUGUUGCAAUGAAUUUUCUGCAGUGGGCGAGUAAGGGUCCAUUCAAAUGACAGUCCCCAGUCAUCCUACUCACCCUGGUCACCCUAAUGAGUGAAGGCUUGCUUCUUAAUUCAAAUUAUAUUAAAAUGGGUCGCGAGGAGAGGGUUUUCAGGCUUUCGUCACACAGCCACCUCUUGUAAAGGUUUGCCAUGUGGUUUAACGGUUAUCCAUUUACGGCUUUGCGACCGAAAGAAGAGCUUAGGGGCUUGUCGCUUUGGACUUGGAUAAUUAAAUUAAAGAUUCAAAUUCACCGUGAAUAGUUGCAGUGGCAGUUAUCAGUUAGCCUGAAUUUUAGCCGUCUCCCCGCAAACUCCUCCUGCGACUAGAGGAGACUUCUGAAAUAUCAUGCUGACUGUAAACAGUAUAGAAACUACUACGAAUGUGAGUAUUGUCCACUAAAAUCCAAAGACAGGAGCCCCUAUACUCUUCUUAAGUUCACAGAGCCGCCUAGUCUGUAAGUAAUUCAUGUUCAAAGAAAUCAAAGCACCUCAAGUAAGCAAAUGUCGGUUAUAAGUAAGGAGACUAUAUGUUGGCUUGAAAUGAGCUACUUACCGACUUGGCUUGACAUGAUAUACUGCACCGACAUUUCAGACCAUUGCAUAACCGUAAAUGGAUAACCGCCAAAUAAUUAACUCCCGGCAAACAAUUACAAGAGGUAACUGUGUGAGGAAAGCUUAAAAAAGCCCCCUCCUCGCGACCCAUUUUAAUAUAUUUUGAAUUUAGAAGCAAACCUUCACUCGUUACUGUCAUUUGCAUGAACCCUCACUCGCCCAACAAAUUUUAAUUUGUUGCGACAAAAUAUUGUUUUCUCAUACUCACAGAGGAAAUCAGUUUCUUUUUCUUGACUAAUUGAUUAUUUUUCGUUUUUCUUUUGUUAUUUUACGUUAUUAUUAAUUUUUACAAAAAUUAUUUUAAAAAUAUUAUUAUUAUUUUAUUAUAUUUUUUUUCAUGAAAAUUAUUUUUAUUUUUUCAUGUUCCGGGGUGUUCCGGGAUGUUCCGGAAUGUUCCGGCAUGUUCCGGAAUGUUCCGUGUUCCUGGUUUUAUCGACGGCCUCUGUAUUCAAUGAGCCAGAUUAUCGUAGGAAACGUUUGAAACAUUUUCCAGUCUUCCUUCGACGCAACGUGUGUUGAGUUGAUAUUCAUUGUACUUUAAACAAUUUGUUUAAUUUGCACCAGAUGUCUGGAGGAAAUACAAAGAAAAAAUAAUCUAAAGCACGAGAAUCGACUCAGCUGUACAGCAAUCCCCAAUUUUGCCAAAAAAACGGUUUACAUUUAGGAUAAAAGGGGUGGAUCCUUGGUACGGUUACACUGAAGCAUUCAAAAUAGCUCAUCAUGCCUAUGUUGUCAGUUGUGAGGAAUCUAGGCAUUCGUUAUUGAAGCUACCAACAAUGCUUGGCGUUGUUUUUGCGACCCGUGGUUUCAAUUUGUUUCUUUGCUUUUCGCAUGAGGCUAUUGUCUAUUUUUUUACGCACGUGCGGAGUCCAACUUCUUUUACAUGUCGUUUAUCGAUUCAUGGUCCUCGGAGAAGCUAAAACAAUUUGCUACUUUGUCGCUAUUUACUGCCGUGGCAAUGAAAAACCACCCACCUCACAGCAAAUGUAACCCACCUGACAAACUGUUUCAAUCUCUUAGUGAUCGUUAUCAGAGAAAACAAUGGCUACAGCCGUUAUUUGAUACUUUUCUUCUCUUUCAGAUAAUAAACAACAGGAGAUUAAGAUGAAAGGUCCUAAACCUUACAGGGAGAGCAACUGCAAGACGACAUCUUUUGCGGACAAAAAGAGGAAUAAAGAAAAGCAGAAAUGCAAAACCAUUUCGACAACAUCUGCUAAAUCUAAGCAGAAAUGAAAGCCAAGUUAAAAUUAUUGCUACCCGCUACCUAGGAUGUUCGCGCGAAAAUCUUCCAUAAAAAAAUAAUAUUUAUUUUUUGGUAAACUCUCGCGACCUUUAGGAAAUAAGUCAGUUGUGUCGGAAAUUCCAAUUAAAGGGGGACAGCGGAAUCGAUGCGGAGAUAAAAAGUAGUUACGUUCUAAUUCGCUUCGCUCAAACGAAACGUAAAUCAUUUUACCCUUAAAUUCCCGUAAUACAAACAAAUCAGACGAGAAAUAUGGCAGAAUGCGCAAGCAGAUCCAAUACAGUUUAUUUUAAGAUAGAUAGUUACUAAUACAGAAUAGACUGCAAAAAAAAUUACAAAGCUGUUUUUUUUGUUUUGUUUUUUACAAUUCUUUUCUUUUCAAGAAGUCUUUCUGGAAUCGAGUUACUACUAUUACGUACCACAGAUGUCUUUUUUUGUCUUCAAGAUAUCUUUACAAGUAGUAUAAGAAAUCUUUCCACUUCUCAGGGUUUAGCUAGAACUACUACGGUGAAAAACAAGCGGUCUAAACAAAGGGAGAGAACUACAUAAGUCAAUACCAGAUGGAUCUAAAUACCUUUGUAAAACACCAACAGGACAAUACUUAGACCUGGAUGCGCUAAUAAAGACGUAAUAGCCUCCCCUAUAAACAUUUGUCUCACUACGAGGUACAAAAAUUCUUAUACAAUCGCUGUGGAAUUCAACAUAUAUUUUUUUAAUUAAAAUAUAUUUAUUGAUAAUCACAUUAAAUAAUUACAUUUACAAUACUAC